CACAAAACAAGCGCAUUCAAAGAAAAGAAACUUGAAAGAUGGAACGGCAGCUUGAUCUUCUAUCGCAAGAUGAUCUCUUCUUAUCAUUAUUGUUUGAUGGUCUUCAAGUAUCAGAUUAUGAAUAUGCCCAAGAGUUGCAGUUUCAGGAGGUUUUAGAAGUCUCCUGCGUGAUGAACAUGAAUCCUUCGAAAACGAAUGCUGGGUCUUCCUCGUCUUUAGUGGUUGUGGCUGAGGCAGACCCAAACAGAAGUCAGAUGAAAGUCAUAGACCCGGUUGAGAUGGGUGUUCAGAAAGAGGGUGGUCAGUCAUCAGAGAGCUUCUGUGAGAUUUGUGCAGAGAGAAAAGAGGCCAACGAGAUGUUCAGGAUCGGGACCGUGUGUUCCCACACCUUUUGCUCUCUCUGCAUAAGCAGGUAUGUGGAGACCAAAGUCCUGGACACUGUCACAACCAUCAGAUGCCCAGGAAUGGAGUGUGAGGGCGUCCUGCAGAUUAAUUCCUGUAGGCAAAUCCUCCCUGAGAAUGUUCUCUACAUGUGGGAGAAAUCGCUGUGCGAGGCAAUGUUUCUCGAGUCGCAGAAGUUCUAUUGCCCUUUCGAGAACUGCUCAGCCCUUUUGAUCAAGGACAUUGAUGGUGGGGAGGUGAUUAGAGAGAGUGAGUGCCCAUAUUGCCAUAGGUUGUUCUGUGCCGAGUGUUCCGUGCCGUGGCACGCCGGCGUGUCAUGUGAGGAGUUUCGGACACUGAAUGAGGAUGAGAGAGGGAGUGAGGAUCUCAUUGUGAGGGAGCUUGCAAAGGAAAAGAAAUGGGGGAGAUGCCCCAAUUGCGAAUUUUAUGUGGAGAGGACUGAGGGCUGUGCUCACAUCACUUGCAGGUGCCAGGUUCAGUUUUGCUAUGGAUGUGGAUCAGAAUGGACUCAUUCUCAUGGUGGUUGCACAAGAAACUGAGAAGCAGAAGGCACAGGAAAGAAGGCCUAACUGUGUAGUGUGAUCAAUUGUAUCUGAAUUUAUCGUUGAUAAGAAAUUGCGGUCAAGUAGCUAUGUGAUGGAUGUUUUUUGGUGAAGCAAUAUACAGUAUAUGGAUAAACCUGCUCUUAUGUUUAUUUGAGGUGUGUGUUGUUCAUGUUUGAGCUUCCGGCCA